CCGCACGAACCCACCGUUGCCGUACACCUGGUGUUUGAUAAAACAAUCUCCGUUUAGAGAGAGAGAGAGAGGAAGACGAAGAGUUCUGGAGAGAGAGAGUGUGUAGCGAAGGAGAGGGUGCAAGAUCUGAUUGAAACCAAGGUUGGCUGUCUUCGUCCGCGGAGGUGCAAUUUGGUGUAUUCGGAUUUUCUCGGCGAAUUGGGGUCUGCAUGAGCCCUAGAAAUUCGAGUGUUGCUGGGUGAAGGUCUAGAAAUUUAGGUUUUGUGGCUUUUCUCAGCUUUUUGGGGUCCAUAAAACCCUAGUUUUGGUUACUUGGUUGGGAUUUGGAAUAAGUGUUGGUAGGGCAAGUGUGCAGAGAAGAAUUAGGGUUUUGGAUGUAUGGCGUCGGGGCCUAUAGUGGGAGGAGAUGAUGGAGCUAAAGAGAAGCAGAGAUAUGUGGAGAGCAAGGUGUACACGAGGAAAGCAUAUAAAGGACCCAAGAGCAAAGGUAAUGCCUUGCCCGCCGUUGCUCCCAACACUGCUCCAACAACGACAACUGCUAACAAAGAUGACAACAACAACGGCAUGGUCAAGAAUGAUAACGUUGUAGAGACCGAGAAGAAUGAGAACAACGAGUCGGCUCAGCAACCGUCGCAGACUGUAUUGCCCGGGAACGGAAAUUCGGCUCUGCCACAGCUAAAUUCAAGACCCGACGUGGUUUCAGAUGACUCGUCCACCUUAAACCGUCAGCAGAAUGAACCUUCAAGCCUCAACUAUCAGCAGGAUGAGCAUUCGAGCCCCCAUCAUCAGCUGGACGAGCCUUCGAGUUCUAAUCGACAGGAGGAGGCUACUCCCAGUAUUGGGGAGUUGCCGUCAGGAAAUGGUGUUGUAAAGGCAGGAUUGGAUAAUCGAAUCAGGAUAAACUUGUCCUCAAGAUCAAAGCAAGAGAUAUUGGAGCUCAAGAGGAAGCUUGAAAAUGAGCUUGAUACGGUGAGAAGUUUGGUCAGAAAAAUUGACGUGAAACUGGGACAGAUUGGUGAUUAUGGAAAGUCAAACCCGGUGGUGAGUGAUAGGAUUGAUAAUGGCACUGUGGCAAGGCGUGUUCAGUCUGAGGUGGCAUCUGUUGUCCCACGAGAACCUAUCAGGCCUUUGCACCAGUUAAGUUUGUCGGUGCUAGAUAAUAGCCAUGGAACCAGUGAAACUGUUGAGAAGGAGAAGAGAACGCCGAAGGCAAACCAGUUAUAUAGAAAUUCGGAGUUCUUGCUUGGGAAGGAUAAAUUCCCUCCUGCAGAGAGUAAUAAGAAGUCAAAACUGAACGGAAAGAAGCAGGGUGGGGGAGAACUGGGACAUGGUUUUGGAAUGGGAUCAAAAUUUUUCAAAAGCUGUAGUUCAUUGCUUGAGAAAUUGAUGAAGCACAAGCAUGGUUGGGUGUUUAAUGCUCCUGUUGACGUUGAGGGGCUUGGAUUGCAUGAUUAUUUUAGCAUAAUCUCACAUCCAAUGGACCUGGGUACUGUGAAAACUAGGCUUAACAAGAAUUGGUACAAAUCACCCAAGGAAUUUGCAGAGGAUGUGAGACUUACAUUUCACAAUGCUAUGAAAUAUAACCCACCUGGACAAGAUGUUCAUGUAAUGGCAGACCUGCUAUCUAAGAUAUUUGAGGACAGAUGGGCUAUAAUAGAAUCAGAUUACAAUCGUGAGAUAAGAUAUGCAUUGGACUGUAGGACACCUCUACCUGCGCCCUCACCAUUGUCUAGAAAGGCCAUUGCAUUCCCCUCUCUUGAUAUGAGAAGGAUUUUGGAUAGAUCAGAAUCAGUGAUACAAACUCCAAAGUCAGCGCGUGUUACUCCAUCAAGUAGACCUCCUGCUCCAAAGAAGCCGAAGGCAAAGGAUCCUUGUAAAAGAGACAUGACCUAUGAGGAAAAGCAAAAACUUAGUACAAACCUCCAGAGUUUACCUCCGGAGAAGUUAGAUACCAUUGUACAGAUCAUUAAAAAAAGAAAUUCAGCUCUUUCUCAACAUGAUGAUGAGAUUGAAGUGGACAUUGAUAGUGUCGAUGCUGAGACUCUUUGGGAACUUGAUAGAUUUGUGACCAAUUACAAGAAAAGCCUGAGCAAGAACAAGAGGAAGGCUGAACUUUCUAUUCAAAGGGCAGAAUCUGCAAAAAAUGCCCCACAAAAGGCAUCUGAUAUGGUCGAGGUUCCAAAACAAAAUUUAGCAGAUGAAAGGAAUGUACCCACAUCAUUGCAUGCGCCAGGGGAUAAACCAGUGGACAAUGGUAGUAGGUCAAGUAGUUCUAGCAGCUCAAGCAGUGAUUCCGGGUCCUCCUCAACUGAUUCUGAUACUGAAAGCUCCUCAGCAUCCGGAUCUGAUGCAGGAUCACAAGGAACCUGAUUAUAUUCUGUCAGGUCCUCCGAUGCCUCCUCAACUGUGACAUUGGCUUCCUUGACUUCACUUUCAGCUGUCUUUGCCUUCCCCUUUCUCAUCUGUUACUGCAUUUACCUCUUCCUUUCUUGCCUCUGAUUCCUGCUCUAUUUCAACAGGCUUCCUCUCGUCUUCUUUCUCACCUGCCAACUGAGCUAAGUUUUCUGGUAUUUAGAGUUAGCUAAUGAUGAGAUGGUUGCCUAAUUUGAUGAUCUGAAGCCGAAGCUUCCAAUAUUAUGGCUCUAAAUUUUACAGCUGAUGUAUAGAGGAAGCAUUCUCAUGCCAACAGUGAUCCUACCAACGCAAUUCAGGAUUCUUGGUGUUAUGCAAAGAAAUUCUGUAAUUCCAAGUUCUUGGAGUAAUUAUUGGUUCACAUGAAAUCUCAUUCCAUUUGGUAGCCUGAGUUUGGCAUUGGGUUGGUUAGAGUCGCAUUAGAGAGAUAUUGCUUUGUUUUUACAAUCAAGGGAGGUCGCUUUAAUUCUCUGGUCUGUGCAAAAAGUUUUGGAAGAUUUGAUCUUGAGCAAUCAGCAAUGAGUGAGGAGAAGUAAUAAUCUUUCAUGGCUAUCGGGUGGCUGAGACGAUGACAGUUGUACAGUUGAUGUUUUGUUCAAACAUAGCAUAGUUCGUAGGCCCCGUAAUGAUGAACUUUGAUCCAUGAACUCUUUCCAUUGGAGUGGUAAAUUCUGGAGGCGAAGAGCUUGUGACGUU